AUGGCUUUCCCUUUACUGUUUGCGCUCGAGAAGUCUAAAAGGGUCCUAAUUCAUCUUCGGCUGAAGUUCAAUGGGGGCAACAGAACUAUUUGUUGGGAGUGGUCCAGAAUUCCUUUUUCUCCAGAAAAGAUUCAGGAGAAGUCUUCGUUGGAGAAUUUAUUACAUGCGGUGAUUUUGGAUGGUAGAGAGGACACAUGGGAGUGGUCACAUGGGGCUUACAGUGGGUUCGAGGUGGUGGCUGUCAAGAGUUGGUUACGUGGGGCUCCGGUUAGUGAUGCUCCUUUGGAGUUUGUGGGAGUUCGUGGGUGCCGACCAAAUGCAAUAUUUUUAUGUGGCGUGCGUUUUUGGACUGUCUUCCUACCAGGUUGUUUUAUGGCGAUGGGGGUUUGGAACGAGAUUUCUACUUGGUGCAAGAUUCCUAGACCGUUCGUUUUUCAUGUUAACGAUUUGGUGCAUUUGCAUGAGCAUAGUGGUGUUUCGGGUGUCAAGAAAACGAUUCUCCAUGGCAUUAUUAUAAUUAUUUGUUGGAGACUUUGGAGAGCUAGGAACGACAAAGUGUUUAAUAGUAAAGAUCCUAAUGUGGUGGAACUGGUUGCGGAGAUCAAGUCCUUGGGGUUUCUAUGGUACAAAUAUAGGUUUAAGGGUGGGGUUGUGGAUUGGACUCGUUGGUGUACGUUUGAUGUAACGUGA